CUGUCGUACCUCACGUAAGGCAACACCUUCCGGGCAAAUGACGGUGGACCGCGAUACCGUUUCUUUGAUUCUUUUUGACAAUACUGCUAUUACUGCUUUUGAGAAUGAAACUUCAGAAAUUAUCAAUACAUAUUACGAUGCUUCAAAUAGGACGAGCAUAAUAAUAUUUUUAUCGGAUGGUGAAUACCAUGCUCCGGAAUCAGAAUUACACAGCCUUUGUGAAAGAGAAGGAUCACCAAUUUUUUUAUACACCAUUAUGUUUACCGGAGGCACUAGGCAUACGUAUUAUGGUCAAUUGCUUCAACGAAUGGCCGAUAUCGCUUCUGAAUACCUAAGACAAACGACAAAGACUCGUUAA